AUGAGCACACCGAGACGCUGCCCAGUGACUCAGUACAUCGACGGUGAACCAUGCAGCAUCUACUUCAGCCCCGCUCUUUACCGACAAGUCCCAACCUUUGAACCACAAGAGGGAGAUAUUAUACAGGUGUCGUACCCCAGAUCUGGGUCACACUGGAUGCAGCAAAUCGUCCAGCUGAUCAUGUCCAAGGGGGUGUCGGUGAAAACGUACAACGAAUCCCUUGAGAAGGCGCCUUUCCUCGAGGUCGUGGAAGUCAGGUCGACCUCAUCCCCCAGACUCCUCCGGACCCAUUUCUCAAUGAGCAAACUUCGCCUCAGACCCAAGGCAAAGUACAUCUACGUGGCACGGAACCCCUGGGAUUGCUGCGUGUCGUGCUACCACUUUGCACGAGAAUGUCCCGGCAUGAAGUUCAUCAACGGAGCAUUCGACGACUUUUUAGACGCGUUUCUCGACGCAAAGAUUGGUUUUGGCGACUACUUUGAGCAUAUUCUCUCAGGCUACAGUCACAGAGACGACCCGAACGUGUUUUUCAUUACGUACGAAGAGCUCCAGAGAAACAAAAAAGAAGUUGUCCUACGGUUGGCCGGCUUUUUAGGCGAAGAGCAGAGGAGAGUGCUUGAAGAAAACCAGGACGUGUUUGAGCAAGUUCUCGAGAAGAGCACCGUGGAUUUCAUGAAGAAUAUAAUGAGGGCAAGCCCCAAAGAGGUCCUCAAGGUUCUUACCACAAACUCGCCACACCUUCAGCCGCCCCAGGUUGUCAGCAACCAGGAGUCUUGCCAAUCGACCGACGUCCAUAUCCUUCGCAAGGGAGUCGUGGGAGAUUGGAAGCAGCAUUUCAGCCCUGAAAAUAUCGAGAAGAUGCAGGCUGCCAUCAAAGAACGAACGAAGGGUUCGGAUAUCAUGAAUCUUUGGCAGUGUGACUGAGGCUCUGUGGUGCUUACGAUGACUCGGAUUUUUAUGAAAUUGAAAUAUUUGUUUUUUUAGAACUGUACGAGAAUAUGCACUAAAGCCGAACAGCUACUGAAAUCCUAAAACAGAAGCUAACCGUAACAUGUCCUCGCGAUCAUGUUGCUUCUAUUUAGCACUUGAAAUGUUUCAAUGCGAAGUACGUUGGUUUCAAUUUCAGCACUCUAAAAUUGAUAAAGUGGAUCCUAAAGCAGG